AUGCGCAGGUGGAUCUGUUGUGGGCGUAGAUCAGAAGAUUCUGAUAUAUCAAAUGAUGAGCAACAUCUGAAAACUCAAUGGCAACAACCUGAUGUAAAUAAGAAGGCAACACCACAAGCUGUUGCAAAGCCUGAGGCGCCCAAGGAAGCUCUUCCCAUUGAAGUUCCUCCCUUGUCUGUGGAAGAGGUUGAAGAAAAGACUGAAAAUUUUGGAUCAAAGUCACUCAUUGGUGAGGGAUCUUAUGGAAGGGUGUAUUAUGCUACUCUUAGUGAUGGUAAAGCUGUUGCUUUGAAGAAACUCGAUGUUGCCCCUGAAGCUGAAACAAACACUGAGUUCUUGAGUCAGGUUUCCAUGGUUUCAAGAUUGAAGCAUGAGAACUUCGUUCAGCUGGUGGGUUAUUGCGUUGAUGAGAACCUCCGUGUUCUUGCUUAUGAGUUUGCAACGAUGGGAUCACUGCACGAUGUUCUGCAUGGUAGGAAGGGAGUUCAAGGUGCACAGCCAGGUCCAACACUUGACUGGAUAACGAGGGUGAAGAUAGCCGUUGAGGCAGCUAGGGGUUUAGAAUACCUUCACGAGAAGGUUCAGCCUCCUGUUAUACAUAGAGACGUAAGAUCUAGCAAUGUGCUUCUCUUUGAAGACUAUCAAGCGAAAGUGGCUGAUUUUAACCUCUCAAAUCAAGCUCCUGAUAAUGCGGCUCGCCUUCACUCUACAAGAGUCUUGGGCACCUUUGGCUAUCACGCUCCAGAAUAUGCUAUGACUGGACAGUUGACGCAGAAGAGUGAUGUGUAUAGCUUUGGGGUUGUGCUUCUAGAGCUUUUGACAGGGAGGAAACCUGUGGAUCAUACAAUGCCACGUGGGCAACAAAGUCUUGUAACCUGGGCUACACCGAGACUAAGUGAAGAUAAAGUGAAGCAGUGUGUUGAUCCAAAGCUAAAAGGAGAAUAUCCUCCUAAAUCAGUAGCUAAGCUAGCAGCGGUGGCAGCAUUGUGUGUGCAAUAUGAAUCAGAGUUUAGACCGAAUAUGAGUAUCGUUGUGAAAGCUUUGCAGCCACUUCUCAAACCUCCAGCGCCAAUCCCAGUACCUGAGUCGUGAGUUUGUUUCGUAAAGAGUUGGAUUCUUUGUUCAUACAAAGUUUAGUUUGUAUUUUGGUGUGAAAGGAGGGAUACUUUGAUAUUUUGCAUUUGUUAUGUCUGGAUUGGAAACAGGCCUUUUUUGCUUUGCUUUAAUUUUUGCUUGUCGUGGACAACAAAGAUGUAUUUGCGUUUGCUGUUCUUUGACAUUCCCUUAGGGAAUCAUUUGAAUAUUUGGUCUCUGAUUAUAUUGACAACUCUUUCAAAGGUUAA